AUGCGAGCAGGUCAGUUUCAUACUUUCGCAUUUGAAUUCGAGCCGUCGCGAUGGUCUACUUCUCUCAGCCUCAGCUGGAGUCCAUUCCCAGGAAUCACCUUCCCUGUAACCCUCGCGUAUAACAAGAACGCUCUCCAGGACUGCGACUACUCCAUGCCAUGUAAAGCAAUCAUGAUGGAGAUUCAGCCACGACAGAUUUAUGAAACUUCAAGUACAGUGUCUGGAAUUGACACUGUGCAGGGUAUAGCGGGCUUGAACCAAUUCGAUUUUUCUUCUUCGACUCUGAAUUUUACCGAUAAUGGCUUCGUUGAAGGCUAUCCGAAGUAUUUCUCUCGUGCAGGGUACAUGAGCAUCCAGCUACAAGCAUAUGAUGUCUAUGGGAAUUCAAUAGUUGAUGGAAGUCAAGCUGUAAGUCUUUCAACCCUCUCAGUCCUUGACACUGGAGUCAUUCAGAAAAUUCAAGGAGACCUGGUGUACUUAGAAAAUAACAUCUCCCAAUUUCAGAAGCCAUCUGACGUAAGAUUGGACAUCUACAUCAGAUCUUGGCGUUCUCAAAACUUUUCUUCCUUUAAAAUCAUGUCUUUUGAUGCUUCUAAUUUCUCUGCAAUACUAUAUCCAAGUAUUAACGGUAGUACGCUUUCGGAGUCAAACUAUCUCUUUUACGUCGUUGGUAUCCUCUAUCAAUCAAAUCAGACCGUCAGCGCUUGGAAUUCAGUAUUUUCGUGGGACAUCUACGUCCCGACUGCUGGUUUAUAUGUCCUCUCAGUCAAAUCUCAUCGAUCUUUAGAGUUUAACGGAAGUCCUUUCCUGGCAGCAGUCAUGUCUUCAAAUUUCAAUUCCAGUACUUCUCAAGUUUUGUCGAGAUACUUUUGGAGAGUGGAGCAGUUAAUUUACUUUCGUGUUGUCGCGAAAGAUCGAUAUGGCAACAACUUGUCGCUGUCAAUUCUGACCAAUGAAAAUGGUCUCGAUAACUCCACCAUGAAUCAGUUGAGUGCUCUCCUGUAUUUGCAGACCAAGCUUGAUACAAUCUCUCGAAAUUUCAUUUUGUCGUCAGGCAAUGCUUCGUUUUUCAGUUUAAGUUCAAAUGAAAUCUCAAAUCCUUCACAUUACGUUGGUUAUCAAAUCACAGUAAAUGGUGAAUCAAGAAAUAUCACUUUUCAGAGUGACUCUCCUUUCUCGAAUGAAUAUCCAGGAGUGGUCGUAACUGUGGAUGUGCCAUUCACAGUGUUGCCUCAAGCUGGAGAUGUCUACAUCAUCUCCAAAGCAGUUUUUGUUGGAAAGGAUCCAAAAGCUGGUUGUGAGGUUUUUGACAGAUACGUCAAUGUGUUCCACGGAUAUUGUCACCGAGUAGAAACGCUUGGGACAUACAUUCUUGAAGUCAAAUAUCAGAAUUCCACUGUUGGGAGACCUAUCACACUUUACGUCGGUGCUGGCGUGCCAUGCGCAAGCACAUCAGUGGCGGCAGGGGCUGGGCUCUCUCUGGCCACCGUUGGGUAUCCUGCAUACUUCAUGUUGAGAUCGAAGGAUAGAUUUCUGAAUGAUGUGCUUCUUGAUGGCCUUGACUAUGUGAUCCAAGCUGACAGGGCUGGGGCUUUUGAAAAUCUAACGCAGUACACCACUCCUACCAGCGUCAACGGGAUGCUGAGCACAAAUUUUACUCCCUGGAUUACUGGUACGUAUCAAAUGAAGAUUGUUUUUGGGCAAUAUCUUGUCGCAUCAUCUCCAUACAUCGUCAGAGUGCGUUCUGGAAGAUUCUGCGCAGCAGCAUCCACGUUUUACGGUCCUGGACUCACGCUUGCCUCAGUUGGCAUCCAAUCUCGUUUCGUGGUGGUUGCAGCAGAUUCGUUUUACAACUUUGUCGAUUCCUUAGCAUCCAUAUCGCCAUCCUGUGUCAGUGAUGUAUCAAAUGAAGCUUGUUCUUUACAGAUGUUGAUUGGCAAUCAAACGUUGCACUUCAUGCCAACAGAACUACACCUGGAUCAGUAUAAUGUAUUCUAUGAGACUUAUGGUUGGAAUGCACGUUAUGAAGUAGAUAUCCCGAUUUCAAUUGGUGCAACCUCCACGACAUUUCAACUGAACUUGAACCAAAGCAAUUUCCAAAGUCAACUUCCGGGCAUUUAUGCAACUUAUUACGCCGAUGAUAAUUUUUCUCAACCUCUUUUGACAGCUCUAGAGUAUACAAUAGACCGGGUCAAUUCUCAGAGUUCUGUCUGCACUUUUGGAAACUCAUCUCAGUUCCCCUCGUCUAUUGAUUAUCAGAAAAACUUCUCUGUCAGGUGGGAUGGUAUUGUGUAUCAAGAUCCAGCAACAACAUACGUGUAUGCAUUUUCUCUUGGCCAACAAAUUGAUAGGCUACAGUUGUGGAUCGAUUCUAACCUGGUCACUGAUCAGUGGUAUUCCUUGGGCAGUCUUUAUGUAUCAAACUCUUUCUUCAACUCCAAGCCUUAUCCUCUCCUGAGCUUCCGGUUGGAUUUUCGGUCAAACAGUUCUUUGUUCGCAGGAAUUUCCAUGACACGGAGACUAUCUCAAGACUCAAUUCCUACCUUUGAUUCAUUUUUCUACCAUACAACGACACAAUUUCAAUUAAUUGUUGUAGGUCAAGCUACUGCAUUUGCAGCUGCUACCACAGCAUCUGGAAGCUCGUUGACCUUGUCCACAGCUGGAGUAUCAUCGCAGAUUACCAUCACUGCAAGAGAUGACCUUUAUCACGAGCUAAUAUUUGACUCCAACAUCCAACAGAUUGUGUUUUCUGCCAAGACAGGGGUGGAUAGUGGAGGUCUAUCGGCGACGUACUAUUCGGAUUCGAACUUGAAGUCUCCUGUUGUGACGAGACAACGACAGGUUGUUCAGCCACUUGCCGGUUAUGCCAGUCUCACAAGACCGUUGAGCCAGCCGAGCCCAGCAAGCCCCAGCACAACAUUGAAUGUUGCUUACGACAACCUCUCUAACGAAUGGAUUCACGCUGGAGACUUCGCUGUCAUAGCCAAUGAAGUAAUUGAAAUUCUCUCGAUUUCAUCCUCAACGUUGGUUGUGAAUAGAAAUCUCACAGGAAAUGCACAGGCGCACCCUGUUGGAACGCCUUUCAACACAUUCCCUUCUAUCAGUCUCGUCCAUGUAUCGCAGUAUAGUGUCAGGUGGGACGGCUUUCUCAAAUCACAAAAUAGCGAAGUGUACACAAUAUUCUUCACAGGUGUGGGUAUCAGCGAGCGUGUGAAAUGUUGGAUAGAUGAUUAUCUUCUAAUCGAUGCAUGGAGUUCACUGUCAGGAACAAAUCUGAAUGGAACAAUAUUUUUUAGCAGAGCAUACGACUACUAUCAGAUUAAGAUUGAAUAUUCCAACAAUUUUUCUCCAGGAGGUUUUACUUUGAAAUGGAGCACAUCUACCAUUGGAAUUGAAAGCAUACCCAGUGAAAACUUCUUUCAAAGUUUACACUGGCUGGAUAGUCAAUAUCCACCUGCACACAAUCAGUAUCUUGUCCCUAGUUAUAACACUACAGUGAGUGGUUCUUAUCAGACUUCUAUUGCAUCCUUCAUCACCGGUGGGCUAUAUGCAACAUAUUACUCGGAUGUCGAUUGCACUUCCACUGCUCUACAUCGUGUUGACCCCGCGAUCGAUUUUGAUUGGGGCUUCUACAACGCUCUACCUAGCCUGCCUCAAGACGACUUCUGCGUGCGAUGGCUCGGUAUGAUUUCACCUUCGUCUUCUGGGACGUACACCUUCGAAGUGAAAGCCUUGAAUGAGUUGAAGCUUUGGAUUGAUGAAGGGCUGGUGUUAGACUUGUACGAGUCGAGUUCGAGAACAAGAAGAAGUUUUCCGUUGUACUUACAGAGUAAUAUCUUGUACCAUAUCAGAAUCGAGUACAAAGCAUAUGUUGGUCUUGCAGCAGUACAACUUUCAUGGAGAUCUGAGGUCAUUCAAAGUUUCAGUCUGCAAUCUAUUUCAUAUCAGACGUGCAAUGUCAACACUCAAACGAUCUGCUUUAACGUUGACGGUCCUAUUGGUGGCCUGGGAUACUUAGCAGGAAGGUUAAUGAUAAGGAUGAACGGAGAGAUCACUCAGAUCGGAACAUUCAAUGUCGACAUUUAUGGCGCUGUGAAUCAGAUUCACAGUAAUCUCACUGGGUUCACCUUUCCGAAUAAAUCGAUAUCUUUUGAGGACAUCCUGAUCUUUUAUCAAGAUGUAAACCAAACACAGGAAACAAGCAUCACAGGAAUGCAAAUAAUCAAUGGUGGGUCUGGCUUGAUACCUGGAAGAUUUUUCAUUUUCGGCACAAAAUCUGUUGCACACGGCUACUUCAUCACGAACUCAAGUGGCUCUCUAGAUGCAUUUGUUUUCAAGGAUCACGGAACUGGAUUUUACGACUUCAACCUGAAUCAAAGUUCGAUUAAUUUGUACUUCAUGGAUGAAAAUGUAUCAAUGCCUGGUUCUGUCACCAAGAUUCAAGUUUCAGGAUCAGCGAAUGUUUCGUAUUCAAACAAUGGUUCUCUGGUUGUCAAUUGCACGUACCCUUGUAAUGGGACAGGGCUCAGUGGCAAUUGCUUUGCGUCAGGUGGGAAUGUGUACUUUGUGCAAAUAUUGACACAUGGCACUGGUUAUUCGCCGACAAGUUUGCCGAGACUAGAGUGUCCGGGAGGGAAUGGACAAACCUUCGAGGCGAUUGUUGCAGCACAGCCAUCCAUUCUCCCUAUCGUCGCUCGAGGAGCAAGGUUGUUUCCUGUCUUUCGAGGAAACGCUGCAGCGCUUGUUGAAAGGGAGAAUCUUUUCUUCAAGACUGCCUCGAUCUCUGGUUGGGAUGGCGCCAACGUCGACGCUCUGAGGAUUCGAGCAAACAUUAUAUGUGGAAGCACUUCAACUCUGACAUACUCUGGUAUUGGCUGGCAGCCAAAAGUAACAAGAACAGGUUUCCCUACCUCAUUCACCAUUGUUGCAAGAGAUGAAUACGGAAAUGUCUUUGAUGGCAAUCAAUCAAGUAACUCUUUCUUCGUUGCUUAUUACUAUUGGGACAACUCAACGAUAUUUUCCAAGUGGCAAGGAAUCGGAAUAUUGCCUUCCAGCACUUCAGGCGAGUACACUUUUGCCAUUUCCGCUUCCAACCAAACUCGGGCGGGAAAUUUUCUUCUAGAAACUUACUAUGCAAUCUCUGGAGGCUUAUGGGCAACCUAUUACAUGGGAGGUGACUUUUCUUUAGAUUGGAAAAAUGUGGCAUUGCUUCCUGUAGUGAGCAGGGUCGAUUCUUUCAUUGACUUCUCUACAUCGUAUGGAACUUGGCCUUCGAGUCCUACUUGCAUUGCUCAGUUCUAUCCGAUGACUGUGAGGUGGUCUGGAUUUUUUAAUCCCACACUCAUGCAAUGCAACUCUAGCUUCCUCAGUGUAAGCCUCGUUGCAAAUAGCGAACGCAUCAGAUUGUGGUUGGAUAACCAAAUCAUUGUAGACCAAUGGACAAGCCUGCAGUCGUUGAAUACUAACAUCUCUUGCUACGAGUCAUCGUAUUCGUACGUAAAGAUUGAUCUUGACUAUAAAGCACGUUAUGCUGAGAGAGGAAUCAGCGUCCGAAGAAUAGUCAAUGGUUCUGCUUCGAUCGUGGGGGGCUCAGAAUUUUACAGCGCGUACCUCCUUCAGGGUGGUAACAUAUCAAGACGAUUUUUGACUGACGCCGUCUGUGCAACUGCCACUUUCGUGUACGGGAGCGGAAUAUCCGUGGCAACGUCAUAUAGCCCCUCUCAGUUCUUCAUCAUUGCAAGAGACCAGUAUCACAACCCGGCGGCUGACAAUGUUUCAUUCUUCGUCCAGGUACCCGGGGCUCAAAACGUCUUUUCUCGACCCUCGUCUCCUGGAAUCUUUAGUGUGGAGUACCUUCCGACGCUGCCUGGACUUCAGACUGUAAGAAUUUCCCUUCCUCUACAAGGAGGCUUGUUCGCCACAUACUACUCUGACUCACUUUUCUCGAUAUCUUUGUACAAUCGUGUCGAUACAAUGAGCUAUGAUGAGUACUUCUCCACCAAUUUCUUUUCAGCUCCCAACUAUCUAGGUGCUUUGAAUACAACCUUUGCUCGCUGGGGAGGACUUCUUACCCCUUGGAAGUCCAGCACAUUUAAUUUGUACGUUCCUCUUGUUAAGAGCGACGAGCGGGUGCGGCUUUGGGUGGAUGACCGCCUGAUCAUAGAUCAAUGGACCUCACUAUCUAGUGUGCAACCAUUGGGAACUUUGUUCCUUGACAGCGCAUUGUUCUAUGAUGUUACCCUUGAGUACAAGGGCAUCCCGGGCAUGAAUGGAAUUGGAUUGUUCUGGUCGAUCUUUGAAGACAAGACAACAGCUGUGAACGUUUCCGGUUGUCUUUCAGGUUGUUCCUCUUCAACUUCAUCAGUCAGCUUGCACGGCGAAUGGUUCGAAUCAACGAUUGUCGUCAAUGGAACUUCGUCUACUUUUUUAUAUGAUGGAAAUAGGAGCAAGGGAAGGUCAUCAGUAACGUUCUCCUUUCCCCUUGCAUUUGGGUUGUACUCGAUUUAUGUAAAAUAUCCAGUCGGUUCCGAGUUUGACGCAAAGGUUCCUGUCCAGGUUCUUUUCAGUGGGAAACGCUCACAAUAUCUGAUCAACGAGACUGCAGGGAGUGGACUGUCGUUCCUUGGAACAUUUUCAUUUGACUCUAGGGGUGCUCAAGUGAUUGUUUCCAACGAUUACACCUUGAGCACAGUAGCAGUGGAGGAAGUGAGAAUUUCAAAACUGGCUGAUGCUUCUCAAUAUCUGAUUGCAUCUGGGGAAGUAACUUCAGCAUUAUCUCCAAGACAGUUCAUCAUGAAUUUACAAGUUGAGAAGACAUCUUUGGUAGGUCAGGAUCUUUUCAUCAAGAACGAGAGUAGGCGAAUUCUAGACUAUGAUGUCAAGCAAAAUAUCGUAACGAUUGAUCAGUCGUUUUCUAUCGGCUUGACCUCACUUAUUGGCGAAAUCUCGGAAUCUGAUACACAGCUCCUUGUACAAAAUGUGUCAGAAGCUGGAAUCCUUGAGUAUCAAUUCAUAGAGAUAGACUUCGAAAUCUUCUCAGUCACCUCAGUGGAUUCCAGCAGAAAUGAGUUGACGGUCAUGCGAGCUCAAUUCAACACAAGGAGGCAGAUUCACCUGAAUGGUAGUGUGGUUAGGAAUGUUCUGUUUCCAGGAAGCAUUGCAAAUUCUGGUGAGAUCUCAGGGGUGUUGUCCUGUACCAAUCUCAAGUUGUCUCACACAGCUUCCGCCCUUUCUGGAUCAUAUUCUGAUUUCAUUCUUGUCGUCGAUACAACGUCGCGCGACAACGCAAGGGGUAUCUUGGAAUAUUCUUCUCAGAGAGAAGUUUUGCUUGAUGUUCCAUAUGUUGCUACCAUCGAACCAUCGUCUCGGUAUAUCGUCAAGUCCAGGGCUCUGUUUUGGAUUGGUGGCUCCUUGGUCAUGAAUGGGAAGGUCUCAUGCUCCCAAUGCGUUGUGUCCAAGGAAUUUCUCUACACAAACCCUUCGAUCUCGAAAAAUGUGACGGUGCAUGUUGGACAGCAGCGAAAUUUGUAUCUCUCUGGAGCUCACUUGUCCAUAUCGACUGCAGGCACCCAGGGAACCUUUCAAGUUUUGGUGCAAGAUCUGUUUGGCGGGAACAUUCAAAAUGACAUUGAUAAGGUGUUGUAUGCAAAUGCCACCCUCAUCACAGAUACGUACGGAUAUGGAUCAAGCUCAGUGGUUGAUGGCUUCUUGAAUCAAGUUUUCGAUUCAUUUCAGUUGAGAUUAGAUGAAUCUGCUCUGCCGCAAAAUGGUAUCUAUGUUGGAUAUAACAUCACCGUCGGAAAAGAAACAAGGAAAAUUCGAGAGUACACUUCAGAUAGGAAUGUUACUGUAGAUGUUCCUUUCAACUUGCUCAACUUCCUUUCACCAAGACAGCGAUUCAUAAUCUCUGCUACUAACUUUCAAUCGACCAGGACAUGGUUUGCAGGGACUUACUGUGAUAUGAGCAACAGUACUAAUCCAUGUAAUAUCUCAUAUGUAACAACAACAGCUGGUGUAUACCUUGUACAGGUACAAUACUUUCAACGCGGGGGUUUGAACGGUUUAUACUUUUUGAAUCAACACCUUCAGGGGAAACCAUCCAUGUCAAGGGUAGAUGCCUCCGAAUCCUUGUACGUUGGCUUUGCCUCGCUCGAGCACCUGGCGCCAGGUGCUCUCGCCAUUCGAUGGACGGGGCUGAUUCGGCCUAGCUACUCGGAGACCUACACCUUCAUCACCAACUCGUCGGUAUCUGGACCCAACGUCUUCAUCGGAGGGGUGCGGGUGAUCCACGGGUUUGCGACCUCUAGCUUCAAGUGGCGCAGCACAGCUGAUGUCGAAGAUGACCUGGUUCAAGUCUCCUUCGCAGGCACCGUAGAGCUGCAGGCCAUGACCUUGUACGAAGUCAUGAUAGAGUACUGGAACUUCAACCUUGCCACCGUCUUCGAGAUGUGGUGGAAAAGCCCCUCUCAGAGUCUUGAGAUCAUUCCAUCUUCCAGUCUGUAUUAUGCCUAUGAGCAGGCUCAAAGUAGUCCGUUCGCUCUAAGAGUAUUCCCAGCUGAUUUCUGCUUCAACAAUUUGUCGGAGUCUGACCCGACGCUGAGAUGUUCGAUCUACGGCAGUGUCGGGAGCAUGUAUGGUGCUGGAAUCUCGCUUGGUACCGCUGGCGUGCUCAACACCUUCAGCUUGCAGCUGAGAGACAUCUAUGGCAACGUCGCGCUGAGAGACAGUUCGUCCAUCGUCGCUCUCGUCAACUCUAACUGGAGGUGUGAGAGCUCAGACGACCUCUACAAGUAUGCUGGGCUGUGCGAGCCUCGCCGUGCUGUAGUGGCUUCGGCGAGCGUCUCAGGGGGGCUGUACCGUUAUUCGUAUCUUUCUUUGACAGGCUCCUUCUCUUCUGAAGUCCUCGCGGGUGCUCGUGUUCCCGGUGGACUGUUUGCAACCUACUACACCCUGGCACCUUGUAGCGAUGUGACAACAGAGCUCAGUAUGACAUACUCUGGCAUAGCAGAGAUUGUAGUUGUCAGUAUAGGAUCAUCAUGCCUGUCUGGCGGCAGCCUAUCAGCAUACGGAGGCGGAGGGUUUGCGUUUCUUGGCACCUUCACAGUGAGACAAGGGUCUGUUGACACCACUCGCGUUCUCAAUGCAGGACUUUCCUACUGGUCCGAACCCUUGAUCACCUGCUGCCAGAUGAUCUAUGCCGUGAGCAUCAGCGGGAGCGGCAGGGGGUACAUGAACGGGAGCUCUGCUCUUGCUUCAUGUGACGGCGUCACCGGGUGCUCAGGGACUGGGUUUGUUGGAGAGUGUAUCGUGAACAACGGGAGUGUGGUGAGCAUCAAUAUUCUCAGCUAUGGAUCUGGUUACAAUGCUUCCGCCUUGCCGAUGAUUGUCUGUCCGAAUGGAACAGGCCAGGUGUUGACACCGAUGGUAGACAUGUCUGAAGGAGGCGGCGGUUGUCAAGGAGUAGCUUUCAAAGCCAUCUUGCAGACCACGACCCAAAGACCCAACAGCUGGUGGUCGUCGGAUGUGAGCUCAAGUGGAGCCAGGUUCACCUUCUGUGAGAACUUGACGGCACAGAACGUGCGAUUGGACUCCAGCAUCGACUUCAGUGGCUCAAACUCCGCAGGCGUUGACAAGAUCACGUCUUGGCCUGGCACACCCACUUUGUCGUUCACGGGGAAUUCCUUCCAUGAAGAACUGGCUGGCCAAAAGAUGGUUCUGACGUGGGCAGGACCGGGAUUCUCACAACAAGUGAUCUCCAACAAUUCUCUAGCCUACCUCGCGCAAGUUGAAGGAAGUCCAACCACCAUGUACAUGUUGCCGAAUGCUCCUUGCGCUUCCACUUCCUCGGCGUCAGGUUACGGUCUAACUCUAGCGACUGCAGGACUUGUGAUGACUUUUGUCGUUACCACUAGAGAUGAGUAUAAGAACCUCCAUCACUAUCUAGACGACAACCUGCUCGGGUUCACCUUCACCUCCUACAUCGAUGCUGGAAGUCAGCCAUACCUCUAUGUCUUGCCCAACAGCUCUGCAGGCCUCGUCGCGUACGAAUACAAUAUCACGACAUCCGGCGUCCAUACGUUGCACUCGUUUCUUGCGCUGUCAGGAGGGUUGAGAGCGACUUACUAUAGCGACUCGAAUCUUGCUGUGCCGUAUCAGACCAGACGAGACAGUCUGAUCGACUUUUCUAGCCUGACUCGCUCCAACGCUACCUGGCCGUUCCUCACCGAGUCACAGUUCUCAGCUCGAUGGCAUGGGUUCAUCCGAGCCCAGUACAAAGAGCAAUACACCUUCUACGUGCAACUUGCGGAGGCGGGGGAGAGAGUCGAUGUUUCAGAGAGAGUGAGGUUGUGGAUAAACAACCAACUGAUCAUUGACCAGUGGAGCUCUCUCGCUCUAGAUUCAGCUGUUGGAAUCUUCGAUUUCACGAUGUCUGAUGUGCUCUACGACAUAGUCUUGGAGUACAAAAGCUACAACGCUUCUACUUUCCUCCAGCUCCUAUGGACUUCUGAUGGACAGAAUAUCCCGGCUGUGUGCAGUUUCUCACCUCCAUCUCCGUUUCCUCCCAAGUAUUAUCAGCCAGCUCUCUGCAGCUGGUCCCUGCAGUCCACGUGCAACGACAAGGAGAUCUGCUUCGCAUCCAGCACGGCCAUUAACGGCUUGUCAGCUGCAGGAUUCGGUACCAGCGUAGCAUGGAUAGGAGACGUCAAUGAGGAUGGGGUGGAGGACGUUGCGGUCGGGGCUCCAUACCAAGAGAGCAACGGCUUGAUGGUUGGAGCUGUCUACAUCAUGCUCAUGAGCCUCGACGGCAGCCUUGCAGCUCAACCCUAUGCACCGUCAACUGUGAUAAUCACUCAGGGAGCCAACCUUGGUCUCUGCCUGUCCUGCCUCAAGGCUGGCGAUCGAUUUGGAAACUGUAUUGCUGCUGUUCGUGACAUAGACAGGAACGGGCUCAACGACAUCGCUGUUGGAUCACGGAAUGCUAUCUUCAUCGUUCUUCUGAAAAAGGAUUCCUCAUAUGUCUGUCAGGCAUGCAACCCUGCUGUCGCCGACUACGUUGCUCUCAACAUCUCCUCGUCUCUGAGUCAAGAUGUAGUACCUGACUCGCUGGCUAUGAUGGGAGACCUUGACGGUAACGGGAUCGCUGAUCUGGUCUAUGGUGUUGGCGCUGGCGACCCCUCCUCCCCCGGCAACGGCUACAUUCAGAUUGUGAUGCUCUCGAGGAGUUGCGCUGGCGGACAAGCCAUCUGCGUGCUGUCCUUGGCUAAGAGGAUCUCCUACGUUGAGACUGUCGGAGCCAGCGCAAGCGCUUCAGCACUUUUCGGCUCCUCCUUGUCGCCUAUUGGAGACUUGAACGGUGACCAUGUGCCUGACAUCGCUGUCGGGGCGAGCAACGAGGCAUGCCAGCCGGGCUGUGCCGGAGCUGUGUACCUGCUGUUUCUUGACCGACAAGGUUGGACUGUCAGGCAAUGGACCAAGAUUUGUCGGAACUCGUCGGGUCUGCCAGCUGAGGACGCCGCCAGCUGCAGCAGCUCCUUCGGAUGGUCAGUCGCUUCUGCCGGCGACCUCAAUCAUGACGGGAGGCCCGACCUCAUAGUUGGCAGCAACGCUUCUGCAUCCACCCAGCCAGCCAACGCUAGCAUGAUCUACUGGCUGCUCCUGACCAAGAGCGGUACAGUACUAGAGUCGUUGGUGGUGAAGGGAGACCGGUUUCAGCCCGAGACCUCGGUCAAUGGAGUCUCUCUUUCCACAGCCUUUGACCUGAAUCGAGAUGGCAUGCCAGACUUUGUCAGCGGAAAUGCGAACCAGAAUCAGAGCAUCGACUCGUUCAGCGUGUUGUUCUCUCAGAGCCUCAAGAACUGGGCAUUCAACAACUCCAACACCUCAGUCAACGACUCCUUCCCCUCUGCAAGUCUCUUUGGCUCCUACUUUCUUUACAGCAAUGGCACAAUCUGCCAAGAUGGAUCACUAUAUGCCAACCACGAGGGCAACGCUCUCACUGGGUUAUACAGCUACAUCUUUGACGGGGUCGACUCCAACUGCAGGAGACGCUGUGAUGAAGACAGGUUCUGCAACUUUUACACAGUUGGAGCCACCAACAGCUGUAAAACGUACCUGAGCUGUUGGAAGCAGGUGGUAUCUUCAGACUCAUCUACUCAGACCUUUCAAAAGAACUCCUUCUUAGCGUCUGACAACUCGCUAUUGCAAGGACGAUAUUCCAACGCGGUUCUAACCUUCAGCAGUAUUCAGGCGCCAUACGCGUUAUUCAGCUUCUACUACUACCUUUACAGUGACUCUUCUGCCUCGAUCGACGUCAGGGUUCGUUCUGUUUCAACCGUACAGACAACCGGCUCACUGACGUCUGUUGUCAACAACUCCUACUUCAGCUUGGAUUCAAACUCUCCUCCAUACAACGACUGGUGGACUGGCAUGUUCGUUGUGAUUGGAGGAGAGACAAGGAGGAUCCGGAGGUAUUACCACAACAGGUAUGUGUUGACGGAGGUCAGCUUCUCCUUUGACCUCGCGGUCGGUUCACCUUUUCAAAUAUUCAAGAGCAGCUCCAUCUGUUUCUCGCAAUCUUGCUCGAGCAGUUUUGAUUGGUCGACCGUAUGGUCGAGUGAGGCUGCGCGGUCCCUUCCUGUGACAUGGCAGUUUGUCAGCUUGAACCUUGAAGCUCACAUUCAACCGGUCGAAAUACAAGUUCAAGUUAGCUUCUCCACAUCAAACUCCUUCAGAGUUGGGCUGGAUGGGCUUCAGACGACCUUGUUCAACAACCCCUAUCGCUCAUCCAUCAAUCGACCGCGGCUAGUCAAGAAACAGUUGGUGCCGUCUGCGAGGUUGUACGUUCCCUUUGAAACCGUCUCAUCUCCCUUCACCUUGAAUGUUCGACCCUCCUCAACUUCUCCCCAGACAAGUGUCUGUCAGGGGUGCAGCGUGACCUACCUGUCUGCUAGCUCCCUCCACAAGUUCUACAUCACCUUGAAGGACUCCUUCGGCAAUGUCCGUUCUGCUGUGAACGCCUCUGAGAACGGCACCUUCUUCUCCCGUCCAGCCCCCAUGUUUGCCCUCCAUCAUGAAGACGGGCUGGUGAUCUUCCUUGAAUCUCUUCUCAAUCUCAAUGAGGUCAAACGAAGCUCCGUCAUCUUCACGUCCGGGGCUGAGUACACGGCACAGAUACAGCCUUCUGAGCUCAACGAGACCAACAACGGGUACACGUUCCAAAGCUCCGAGUUUCGAUUGUACUUUGCCAGAGUCGGGGGGCUGAGGGGAGACUACUUCAAGAGAGAAGAGCUUAUAUCUCCUGUCUUCACCAGGAUCGAUGAAACCAUAGAUUUCUCCUUCACCACCUCCUUCCCUGGAUCUCCACAGUUCAUGCCCAUUGACUUCUUCAGCGCCCGGUGGAAGGGCUGGGUGAGGCCCCCGUUCUCAGAGACCUUCACAUUCAAGACUGAGACGCUGGCGUCCAAGAGCGUGGGAGGCAUGGAGGGGGUGCGACUGUGGCUGUCGGGCGAGCACAUUGGUAUUCUCAACCUCAUCAUUGACAGGUGGGGAGGACGUGAACCUGAGUACACGGGAACGCUCAGCCUGCAGACAGACGUGCUCUACGACAUCGUGUUGGAGUACAGAGACACGUACUCGAGCUCUAAAAUCAGGAUCCUGUGGAAAUCUGCUUCCAUGGGAGACACGUUCAACGUGAUUCCAUCCGACCGGCUGUACUACACGAUAGGAACCAACUCCACUGACGCGGCUUCCAUCACUGUUGGGCCUUGA